AUGGAUGCGGGCUUCUUCAAAGGCACCUCCUUGGAGCAAGAUCGCCGUUUUUCAGACAAAGAGUCUCGUUUGCUCAAGUCCAUGAAAUUUGAUCCCGUAUUUGAGCAGAGGGUUGACAUGCGCAAAGUCAAUCUAGGGGUUAUGCGGCCUUGGAUCACUAAAAAAGUUGUUGACCUUGUCGGAUUCGAAGAUGAAGUAGUCGUCGAGUAUGCCAUGGAGCUUUUGGAAGAUAAAUCGAAUCCAACGCCCGACCCCAAAGUAAUGCAGAUUAAUUUGACUGGCUUCCUUGAACAAAAGACCCCUGCGUUCAUGAAAGCACUUUGGGAGCUACUUCUCUCCGCACAGGAAUCAAUUGGUGGCGUUCCCGCACAAUUUGUCAACGAGAAGAAGGCAGAACUUCGCCAACAGCAAGAACGAGACGCUCGCGCGAUUAAUAACGCCCAACAACGAGCUGUGAACGCCCAGCGCAUGGAUGAAAUUCGUACCAGGGAGAAAGGCGAGCGAGAAGCAGCGAGAGGGCGUGGGCGUGGAAGGGGGGAUUAUGGGGGUCGCGAUAGAGAUUCUGGGUGGCCUAACCGAGGGCGUGGAGGACGGGCUCCAGACAAUGACAGGGUUAGAUAUCAAUGUUGCUAUUUAUUUGAUUGGUCUAAGAGUGUUACAGGUCCCUCCCCGUCGUUCGCCUCCCCCAAGGAGACCUUCGCCAUCUCCCAGAAGGUUUUCACCUUCUCCAAGAAGACGUUCGCACUCGCCACCCCCCAGGGGACGUUCUCCAUCUCCAAGAAGACGCCUGCCAUCUCCAAGAGGGCGCACCCCAUCUCCAAGAAGACGCUCUCCGGUUCUAAGAAGACGUUCUCCAUCUCCUAG